UCUUCUUCUCUGUCUUUGUCUCUCAGAGGGUUUUGGACAAACUUCAGCUUCUGGUUUGGUGAACUGAGUUUUCCUGUCAUGCAGGACUUCAUGGACAGAUGUUACUGAGUUAAUGCUGAUGGAGAAUGUCAGCGUUCACAGUAGAUUUACAUCAGUAGAAAUCCAGAGACAGAAAAUAUGGAUGAGGAAUGAAGUUACAGGCGUGAGUUAGAGAUGUGGAAUGAAAACAAACCAGCGGAGGAGAUGAAGGGAAUCAGAAGUCAGAAAAAGUAAAGAAAAGCAAAGAAGGAAAAACAGACGUGGAAGGAAACAGAGAUCAGAGAAAUGGACUUUAACGAUCAGACGCUGAGACUGAAAAAGGACGGAAGAGAAACACAAAGGAAAGCAGCUGCCGCCGUCGUCGAUGACCGAGGCCGGAGGCUGGCGUUACACGCUUCAUCUGGAUGAAACAAACUCCACCACGGCAACAAGUCACAGAGGAGGCGGGCCUCGCUGCUCUUGUAACCAUGGAGGACGACUGUGGCGUGCUGGAGAACGGCGUCUGUGAGGUGGCGCGGCAAACAAGUGACAUCACCUUCAGUGCCAACGUAAACCCCGCCCCCGGCCUGCGGAGGAAGCAGCUGUUGUGGCAAAACGCCGUCAGAAACAUCAUCGACCAGCACCACCUGUACUCGCUGAGGCUCGCCGGAGGCCUGGAGAGAGGGAAGCACCGCAUCACCGUCACCGACGCCUACAUAGCCGACAUCAACAGGCAGAUCCGCAACAAGGCGUCUCGAGGAGCGUUCUGGCAGAAGAGGCGCUCGUCGGCAGCCCGCAUCCACCCAGCGACACCGAGGAUCACCAGGGCCGCAGAAACGAAACACAGCCCUCUCUGUGACGCCGAUUUCUUUGUUUCGUGGGGAUCGACGGUGCACGGCGUCUUCGUUCCCGCGCUGCAACACACAUUCAAGUCUGCGGAGCUGGAGCAGCUGUACCAGCAGUUUUCCUCCGGUCAGAGAAGAACUUCGCUGGUCGUCACCAACGUCAUCAACAUCCUCACCAGACUGCUCAUCUCUCUGCUAACGUGGCCGGCGGACUGGGGAGGCGUGGCCUGCGAUUGGCUGGCCGUCCUGUCGGUCGUCCUGUGGGCGGGGAUCUGCGUGCUGGCUCUGACCAGGAGGGAGGUGAUGUCGUCGCCACAGUGGCUGAGGUACCUGUCUGUGGUCAGCUGGUUGUCUCAGACCGUCCAGGUGCUGGUCGGUGUUUUCAGUCGGGCGGAGAGCGAUCACUCCUGGUACGUCUUCUUCACGCUGUUCUCCACGUACACACUCCUGCCCCUACCCCUCCUCUGGUCCAUCGUCGCCGGGGUAACUGCCUCCACCCUGCACCUGCUGGUGGAUGUCUGCUGUCACUACGGCAACCACACCUUCGCCAGAGAGGUGCUGUCGAAGGCCUUGUUGUACCUGGCUAUGAACACAGCAGGUCUGUUCAUCCACUACCUGUCCGAUCGGACUCAGAGACAGGCCUUCCUGGAGACCAGGCGCUGUAUCGAGGGCCGGGUCCGACUGGAGAGAGAGAACCACAGACAGGAGCGUCUGGUCAUGUCCAUCCUGCCUCGGUUUCUGGUUCUGGAGAUGAUCGCUGACAUGGCCACUGUGGACGAAUAUCUGCUGCCUCAGCAGUUCCACAAGAUCUACAUCCACCACUACAAAGACGUCAGCAUCCUGUUCGCAGACAUCAUCGGCUUCACUUCUCUCUCGUUGAUUCUUUCGGCUCAGGAUCUGGUUAAAACUCUGAACGAGCUCUUCGGUCGCUUCGACAGGCUGGCCGAGGAGCAUCAGUGUUUGCGUAUUAAGAUCCUGGGUGACUGUUACUACUGUGUGUCAGGAGUCCCAGAGCCUCAGAGAGGACACGCUCGCUGCUGCGUGGAGAUGGGCCUCAGCAUGAUCAACACGAUACGUUACGUUCGUCGGGAGCUGCAGCAGGAGGUGGACAUGAGGAUCGGUGUCCACUCCGGUUCGGUUCUUUGUGGCGUUUUGGGUCUUCAGAAGUGGCAGUUUGACAUCUGGAGCUGGGACGUCGACAUCGCCAACAGUCUAGAGGCUGCAGGAGUCCCGGGGCGGGUUCACAUCUCUCGGGCCACUCUGGACUGCCUGGGGGGGCUGUACGAGACGGAGGCGGGACACGGCCAGGAACGCAACGAGUUUCUACGGAAACACAACAUCGACACGUACCUGAUCCGCCCGAUGCUGCGGGAGGAAGUCCAGCCUCCCAAAGUGAGACGCCCGAGUUACGACGAGACAACGAGCUGGAGCGCCGAGCUGCCUUUUGGAGACAUCCUGGGAAUGAGUUUUAUCCUCGCCACUUUCACCAACGGCUCACUGACCCAGCUGCCCAACCAGAUUGCGGCACAGAGGUCAGGAUCACGAGAGGUCAACAAGAGGAUCCGUCAGGCCAUGGAGGUUCGAAGCAGCGAGCGAAUGAGGAAGGAGCACAUCACCACCUUCACUCAGGUGUUCAAGGACUCCCACAUGGAGGGAAAGUACUCCCAAAUGAGAGACGAACUCUUCAAGUCCAACAUGGUUUGUUCCUUCAUCCUGCUGCUGCUGCUGAUGGCUGUCCAAGCGCUAAUCCCCGCCCCACGGUUGUGUCCGAUGGUUGCUCAGUUCCUAAUCAGUGGCAGUGUUUACUCCCUGCUUUUGUUGCUCACUCUGGGGGAGGAGUUUAAGCACUGCCCCGCCCCUCUGCAGUCGCUCUGUUGUUGGAUUCACGAAACCAAGACCGCCCGGACGCUGCUCACGCUCACCGCCGUCACCAUCAACUUCGGCGUCGCCUCCUCGGACAUCCUGUGGUGUGAGUCAUCAGACACUCACAGUAACAGCAGUGACUCCCUGCUGGCUCCGCCCACCUCUACCUGGCCUGACAUCAACAUCUGUACACAUCCAGAGUAUAUGGUGCUGAGCGCCGUGGUUGCCAUGGUUACCUGUGCGGUGUUCCUCAGGUUGAGUUGCGUUUUGAAGCUCGCCGUCCUCCUAUUGGCCACCGCCCUUUACACCUACCUCAUGGAGACGCACAGGUCUCAUCACCUGUGUAAGAAGGGAGUGUGUGCGGUUUUCAUGGUGAUGUUCGUGGUCACUGUUCUCUACAACAGCAGACAGCUGGAGGCCACGGCACGGCUGGACUUCCUGUGGCGUCUCCAGGCGAGGAAGGAGGUGGAGGACAUGAAGGAGCUGAGGGAGCACAACGAGUGCCUGCUGCUCAACAUCCUCCCCGCCCACGUCGCUCAGCACUUUCUGGAGAGAGACCGCCUCAAUGAGGAGUUGUACUCGCAGUCGUACGAGCGGGUCGGUGUCCUCUUCGCCUCUCUGCCGGGUUUCUCCGACUUCUACGAGCAGAAGGAGCUCGUUCAUCAGCACGUCGAGUGUCUCCGCCUCCUCAACCACAUCAUCACUGACUUCGACGAGCUGUUGGAUGACUGUUAUUUCCAGGAGGUGGAGAAGAUUAAAACCAUCGGUAGUUCCUACAUGGCAGCUUCUGGCCUCUCUCCUGACAGACAGGAGUGUGAGGACGGCUGGCAUCACCUCAGCGAGCUGGUUCUGUUCGCUCUGGCCAUGCAGGAAACACUCAAACACAUCAACACACACACAGGAAACAGCUUCCAGCUCAGAGUCGGCGUCGCUCACGGCCCGGUGAUCGCAGGAGUGAUCGGUGCCACCAAACCUCAGUACGACAUCUGGGGCACGACGGUGAACAUAGCGAGCAGGAUGGAGAGCACCGGAGUCAGCGGGAGGAUACAGGUCCCAGAAUCCACCAGCUGUAUUCUGGUUGAGCGAGGCUUCCUACGGCAACUUAGAGGGAACAUUUACGUCAAAGGCAUCAGUGAACGUCAUGGCAAGGUUCGUACGUAUUUCGUGAGCAGUCAGGACGAACGGUCCAGUUUCACAGAGCGUGGCAGUGGUCGGGGCUUCGGUCUGAACAGGAACACACUGGGAGCUGUGGUCUACAGCCUGGUUCAGGCCAGGAAGAGAGAGAAGCUGAGGGAGGAGAACGGAGGCUUUCACCCGGUGGAGGCGUCGUAGGAGCAGCAUCGGACAUCUACGACGUUUUUUAAAGCAGCUCAUCUUCACAGGACCAGGAAUCAGACAGACACCACAAACCACAAACAGAAACUCCGAUUUCUUUUUCCAGAAUCAUGUUUUGUUCUCUGCUGCUGUUCAGAUUAGCCUUCUGCUGUGUAUGUGAUGUGGACAGGUGGAACACACACCUGGAUCAUGCUUCUCCAGUUAAUCCGACUCUGGUGUUUCCACCACGUGACGUCCAAACCCGGCUGAACUGCUCAGACUCUGACUGGAAACCAGAGCAGUCUGAUGUGAAUGGACCAGUAGGAGAAAGGCAGAAUAUUCCAGUUCCGUCUGGUUCUUUCAGACUCUUCUCAGUUUCUGAAGUCAGAUCAACUGAAUCAAAUCGGUUCACUGCUGGAAAACAGAUCACAUGAAUGACCGAGGGACCCGACACUAAUGGGAAGUGUGUGAGAGUGAAAACAUGAACAAACAGCAGUGUGUGUUUCUGUUUGCGUCGACAUGUCAAUGGAAAUGAAAAGAUUCAGUCUUUGCAGAGUUUUGUAAUUUGGGUUUUGAAUGACUGAAAUUUAUAAAACAAAGUUUAUCAGUUCCUCAUUCAUGUUUUAUGAUGAUGAUUUGCUGUUAUUACCAUUAUAAUUAGCAUUUAGGUUUUUUUUUACAGUUAUUUUGUUACCAUUUAUUAUUUAUUUGCAUUUCUAUUAAUUACAAUUUAUUUUUAGUAUUUUAUUCUCAUUGCCAUUUUUAUUAAAUGACAG